AUGGAUGCUUUGAUGAAUUACCUAUCUGUUGUUGGCUACCCUGAUACAUUGAAGGCAUGGCCACCUUCAUGUCAAGUUAUUGGAAAAGACAUAUUGAAGUUUCACUCAUUUUACUGGCCAGCCUUCCUUAUGGCAAUGGAACUUCCUCUGCCAGAAAAGUUGUUUGUACAUGGGCAUUGGCUAGUCGACAACGUUAAGGGUGAUGUAAGCACCGCUCCUGCACUAUAUGCACGCUAG